AUGACCAAAGAGAUUUCGACCUCGUCACAGUCGGCGGAACUCAAUGUCUACGUCUCAAGCCCCAAUGGCCCGCGGGCAGCCAAGGAGACCACGUUCCGGGAAUGGGUGGUCAACAACCAAAUCGGUAUCUCCUUGACCAUCCUGGCUAUGUUGCUGGCUCUUCAUAACCUCUACCCGUCGUUGCGCCCAUAUACCCAACCGUUUUUCCAAUUGUCGUACUACAACCAGUCCGGCGACUAUUACGUUCAAGGCUGGGACGAUGUGUACUUCGUUAUUAGCGCUGCGCUCGCUCUGACGGCCGUCCGCGCCUUUGCAAUUGAAUGGAUCCUGCGGCCGCUGGCUCGGAGUGUGGGACUGAAGAGAAAGGGAUCGGUGCGAUUUGCUGAGCAGGGCUGGCAGGUUAUGUACUACAGCUCUGUUUGGGCGCUUGGAUUGUAUUUGUGGAAGAACUCCUAUUACUGGGGUGACUUCUCUGCUCUCUGGCGCGAGUGGCCUGCACGCCCGCUUUCGGGUUUGAUGAAGUGGUACUUGCUCGUGGAGCUUGCUUUUCUCGUGCAGCAGAUCUUCGUGAUCCACGUGGAAGAAAGGCGCAAGGAUCACUAUCAAAUGCUCACGCAUCAUGUCAUUACAAGCACUUUGUUGAGCUCCGCAUAUGCCUACGGUUUCUACAAUGUGUCGAACGUUGUGCUGUGCUUGAUGGAUAUUGUGGAUUUUCUACUUCCGUCGGCCAAGAUCCUGAAGUAUUUAGGGUUCGAAAACGCAUGCAAUGUUGCAUUUGCGGUUUUCAUGGGAACCUGGGUCGUCACUCGGCACUACUUGUACAACGUUCUCUGGUGGUCUAUCCACAAGAACAUUCCCGCCGCAAUGCCAUAUGGGUGUUACUCCAGCGCGACUGGUGAGAUGACCAGUACAAAUGCCUACCCCGACACAUUCGCAUAUCUGUUUGCUCCGUUCCGCAGCUUGGAAAACCCGAUCUGCAUGAACCGCAGCAUCAAGUGGAUUUUCCUCUCUUUCCUCUUGUCUAUACAAGCACUGUCUAUCGUCUGGUUCACCAUGAUUGUUCGCGUUGCCUAUCUCGUUGUUGCAAAGGGCAAUGCAGAGGACACUCGCAGCGAUGACGAGGAAGAUAUCGAGAUCAGUGACGAAUCUGCAUCCAACGAUAAUGUUCGGCUGGCCGCCAAGGAGGGUGCUAUUCCUGCCCCUGUCGUCAAUGAAAGUGCCCCCGGAUUGGAUCGCCGUCGGUCAAAUGGUGCUGUUCCCGUGCGCGCUCGAGGCCAUGGUCGUAUUCCCUUUGAUCAGAGCGAUCGGAAAGCUCUUCUGGGUCGAAUUGGAUGCGAGAAGCCCACAUAG